AUGUUCUUCCAUAAUAUAUUUCGCUUCGGAGAGGGCUUUACCUUCCCAGACUGGGUUAUGAGAAAUUUUGGCUCGAAGCAUUAUUUUGAUGCAUCAGUCUUGUGUCUUUCCACAAAGUACCUGGCCUAUCUCACCAAGAACCCGCGACUCCACCAACUCAGCCAACACAUUUAUUCACAGGCUUUGGGGGAAAUCAGGAAAGCACUGAGCUCGGAUGAGGUAUCAUCUGAUUCUCUGCUUGUCACGGUUAUUCUUCUCUCGUUUCAUGAGAUGGAUACACGAACUACUCGAGAUGCCUGGCUCUACCAUUCUAGGGCAGUAAAACAACUAAUGCUGAAGCGUGGAAUUGAUUCUCACUUGUCCGGUGCCGGACGCGUCUGCCACUUUGCAUAUAGACCCUUUAUUAUCGCUGCUGCAUUUUGCGAAGGCGAGUCUUGUUUCCUGGACGAGGAUGACUGGCAGAAACUGGCAAGUGACCUCCGAACAGAAGACUCGCAGAAGCACGGUGAAUGGUCAUUCUACGUCAGCGUUUACGAGACGAUUUUUAUGGAGCUGGUCAAAUGUCCAGGAUAUGUUAAGGAGGCACGUAAAAUUGGCACCGUGACCUCGAUCAAUACCGGGCUGUUAGCACAGCAAAUUCGUAUCACCUGUGACCGACUCCGGAUUUUGAGCAACGAGUUGCGAUCGAUGCUUGCGUCCUACAAUCAGCGGAAGGACGGGAUAAUCUUUGAGAGGUUCGUCGGGCCAGAGCCCAAUGCCUUUCCUGAAACGAGUCCUUCCCUUCUUCUCGGUGCCGCUGUCAGUGCUAUUAGCAUUCUUGAACAAUUGUUCACUCGAUUGACUACACUUGCCCGUAGUCAGGAGACCCCAUCAACCUCGUCAACGUCGCAAAGUGUCAAUACACCUGAUGGUGGUGGUCAGCUUCUUGAUUUUCAUUUCGCCUGCGAACUUGGCGGGGGCACUAAAAAGGAUAUUUCGCACUCCUUUACCUGGCUCGACCGAGUCGCUGGUUCAAUGGGAAUGUUGGGAGCAGAAAUCAAUUAUGGGAAUGCAGUUGAGGGGGGGUAG